AAAACUUAAAAACGAGUCAUGCGAAUCUGAACCUAUUGCUAAAUUAAACAUGUAUCCUGGACGAAAAUACGAACAGCAAUACGGUAAAAAACCAAGUAAUUCAGGCUAUCCAGGUUCUCAAGCACCUCCACCUCAACAACCAGCACUUCGACCUUUGCCACCAGGAUGGAUAUCUCUGUAUGAUCAUGCUAGUCAAAAAUAUUAUUUUGUCAAUCAAGCAACCGGAAUUUCACAAUGGGAUCCACCUCCACCGCAAUACUACAGUCCACCUUCACAACCACCUCCAGAUCAACGAUACAAUCCACCUUCACAACCACUUCCAGAUCAACGAUACAAUCCACCUUCACAACUUCCUCCAAAUCAAUACUAUAAUUCACCUUCGCAACCACCGCCAUAUCAGCAACCACCAUAUCAACAGCCCCCUCCGUAUCAACAAUCACCUGGUGCACCUCAACAAUAUCCAGCUCAAGGCUAUGUGAUGUAUCAAAAUCCAAAUCUACCUCCCCCUACAAAUUAUGUAUUAUCAAAUUGUACUGGACAUAAAAAAGCACUGUUGAUUGGAAUUAAUUAUUUCAAUACUAAAAACGAGUUAAGAGGUUGUAUUAAUGACGUUCACAAUGUAAAAAAGUUUUUGAUUGAAUUAUAUGGAUUCAAAGAAGCCGAUAUGUUGAUAUUAACGGACGAUCAGAGAGAUCAGACAAGGAUCCCUUAUAGGGGAAAUAUUAUAGCAGCAAUGCGAUGGCUUGUACAAGAUGCCAGACCGAACGAUUCUGGACAUGGUGGUCAAGUAGAAGAUCUUGACGGCGACGAGGAUGAUGGAUAUGAUGAAACUAUUUUACCACUUGAUUUUGAAAAAAAUGGUCAAAUAAUUGAUGAUGAAAUGCAUGAUAUAAUGGUGAAGCCACUUUUUCCCGGUGUAAGAUUAACUGCUAUUUUUGAUUCGUGCCACUCAGGGACUGCGCUUGAUUUGCCAUACAUAUAUUCCACACAUGGUGUAGUUAAAGAGUAUAAUAUUGUUUCUGAAGGAGGAAGUACUAUUAUGAAUGCUGGUAUGUCGUAUUUACGUGGCGAUUUAAAUGGUAUAAAAACGAGCAUAAUGUCAUUUGGAAAGAAGGCGAUGUCCGGAAACAAGAUAGCAGAACAAAAUAGGGUGAACAAAUCAAGUCAGGCAGAUGUUAUUAUGUUUAGUGGGUGCAAGGACGCUCAGACAUCUGCAGAUGCUAAUGAAGCCGGGCAAAACACGGGUGCCAUGUCAUACGCAUUUAUUAAAGCGUUAAUUAAGAGACAACAACUACCAAACAUACCAACAGCUUUUGAAUAG